ACCCGAAGCUGGCGGGCAAAGUGAACAUGAGCUCCCCGCCCCAGGCGGCCCCGACGUGGGCCCUGGCCCUGGUGCUGGCCCUGCAGCUGCGCAGCCUGGAGGCCGGGGCCCACAGAGCCACGGACCCUGAGUUUCAGGAGGCCUACUUCGAGCAGCUCCUGGACCAUUUCAACUUCGAGAGGUUUGGGAACAAGACCUUCCGCCAGCGGUUCCUGCUGUCAGAGAAGUUCUGGAAGAGGGGCGAGGGGCCAAUAUUCUUCUACACGGGCAACGAGGGGGACGUGUGGUCCUUCGCCAACAACUCGGGGUUCAUCCUGGAGCUGGCGGCGCAGCAGGGGGCCCUGGUCGUCUUUGCCGAGCACCGGUACUACGGAAAGUCUCUCCCGUUCGGUGAGCGGUCCAGGUGCCGCGGGUACACGGAGCUGCUGACGGUGGAGCAGGCCCUGGCCGACUACGCGGGGCUGCUCCGGGCGCUUCGGCAGGAACUUGGGGCCCAGGACGCCCCCGCCAUCGCCUUUGGCGGGAGCUAUGGGGGGAUGCUCAGCGCCUACAUGAGGAUAAAGUACCCCCACCUCGUGGCGGGGGCGCUGGCAGCCAGCGCACCUGUCGUCUCGGUGGCAGGCCUCGGUGACCCCUACCAGUUCUUUCGGGACGUCUCAGCAGAUUUUGAGGGCCAGAGUCCCAAGUGUGCCCAGGCCGUGCGGGACGCCUUCCGGCAGAUCAAGGACUUGUUCCUACAGGGAGCCUAUGACACGGUCAGCCAGGAGUUCGGCACCUGCUGGCCACUCUCUGGCCCAGGGGACCUGACCCAACUCUUCGGGUUUGCCCGGAAUGCCUUCACCCUGCUGGCCAUGAUGGACUACCCGUACCCUACCGACUUCGUGGGACACCUUCCUGCCAACCCCGUCAAGGUUGGCUGCGACCGGCUGCUGAGUGAGAGCCAGAGGAUCAAGGGGCUCCGAUCAUUGGCCGGCACCCAGCCCCAGUACCCCUCUCCCCCAGGCCUGGUGUACAACUCCUCGGGCACGGAGCCCUGCUAUGACAUCUACCUGCAGUACCAGGUCUGUGCCGACCCCACGGGCUGCGGCUUGGGCCCUGAUGCCAAGGCCUGGGACUACCAGGCCUGCACUGAGAUCAACCUGACGUUUUCCAGCAACAAUGUGUCAGACAUCUUCCCUGACCUGCCCUUCACUGAAGCCCUGCGCCAGCAGUACUGCCUGGACACGUGGGGCGUGUGGCCCCGGCAGGACUGGCUGCAGACCAGCUUUGGGGGAGGCGACCUCACAGCUGCCAGCAACAUCAUCUUCUCCAAUGGUGACCUGGACCCCUGGGCCGGGGGAGGGAUUCAGAGCAACCUGAGCAUGUCAGUCCUCGCCGUCACCAUCCACGGGGGAGCACAUCACCUGGACCUCAGAGCGUCCCACCCAGAAGACCCCGCAUCUGUCGUGGAGGCGCGCAGGCUAGAGGCCACCCUCAUCGGCAAGUGGGUCGAGGCAGCGAGGCAUGAGCAGUGGCUGCGGCUGGCACAGCACAGGGGCUCCGAGGCUGAGGGGUGCUCCCCCAGCAGGACCAGGGAGGACUUGCUGGGAGCCUGAGGCGAGUAAGCGGGGGAGGAGCCCCGGCCCAACCUCCUGAACCUGGAGCUCGGCCAGGGUGGGCAGGGUCUUGCCCGAGGGAGAGGCCGGACAAACACUGGUGGCCUGUCAGGCAUGUCCUGUCCCACGUCCUGUCCUGUCUUGAGGCCCUGGACACAGUGAACACACUUACACCACCUCCUAAACUCCGCUGAUAAAUAAAAGAGUCCUCAGCUCC